UGUGUGUGUGUUCGGGGCGUGGCUUCUCUGUGAAAUUCAGUUUUUCCCCCCUUUUUUUCUUGCGCUUCUCCCUCCACUUCAAAACUGCUGUUGCGGGUUUAGUCGUGUGACACCGAGCCUCCGACGCAGAUCUACAGAUGCCGCUGAAAUGCUCCACAGAUCGGUCGCUGUUGAUGUGAAAACAUCCAGAGACGAUGUACAGGUUCAUUAAGGUGAGCGAAGACCAUGUUCAGUGACUUUACAUCUGUUUUGACGCAAACUUCAGCUUUAAUGCGCAGCUACAGCUUCUGUCAACUUUCUGAUGCUGGAACAUUUUUCUCAAGAUGGAUAUGAAGUAAUUUCUCUCUCUCCUGCAGAUGGCUGGAUGUGCAGCUCACACUUGUGGAAUAUUCCUGGAUUAUAGCAGAAAGACUUUUUUACUCCUCUGGGACUAGACACAGUGUUGUGGGUUACCGUCUGCAGGUUUUAGUCCUUGAACACACUUUGCUGAGAUGAAUACGUUAUACAUCGUGAUUGAAGUGGUUAUUGCUGUUCUCUCCAUAUCCGGCAACAUACUGGUUUGCUGGGCUGUCGCCAUCAACACCACUUUGAAGAACGCUACCAACUAUUUUCUGGUGUCCCUUGCUGUGGCUGAUAUUCUGGUCGGUUGCCUCGCCAUCCCUUUUGCCAUAACCAUCAGCAUCGGCAUCAGUCUGGACUUCUAUGGGUGCCUGUUCCUGGCCUGUUUUGUCUUGGUACUGACACAGAGCUCCAUCUUCAGUCUGCUUGCCAUCGCUAUUGACAGAUAUCUGGCAGUUAAAAUUCCUCUAAGGUACAAGGAGUUAAUGACAGGAAAGACCGCCAGAGAAAUCAUUGCUAUUUUAUGGAUCCUCUCCUUUGUCAUUGGCCUCAUCCCUUUCUUUGGCUGGAACCGGAAGCACUUCGGUUGCACGGGGAACAGCUCCAGGACGGACAACACUACAAACACUGGCCUCACGCAGGGGCCGAGCGGCAGAGGGGACUUGCUAAAGAGCUGCAAGCUCCAUUGCUUCUUUGAGAGUGUGGUGGACAUGGACUACAUGGUCUAUUUUAAUUUCUUUGUCUGUGUGCUGCUGCCGCUGCUCAUCAUGCUGGGCAUCUACCUGAAGAUCUUCACUGUGGCCAGGAAGCAGCUGAGACAGAUCGAGCUCAAGUGCGUGGGCAACGGGGACAGCCAUCACCACGGGCUGCUGCAGAAGGAGAUCCGGGCCGCCAAAUCCCUCUCCAUUAUCGUGGGACUGUUCGCUAUCUGCUGGCUGCCCGUCCACAUCCUCAACUGCCUCACGCUGUUCUACCAGGAGCUGAAGAAGCCGGAGGUCGUCAUGUACAUGGCCAUCAUUAUGUCUCAUGCCAAUUCUGCGGUCAACCCCAUCAUCUACGCCUACCGCAUCCAGGACUUCAGGAACACCUUCCGCAAGAUCCUGGCCCAGCACUUCCUGUGCCGCAGGGAGGAGCUGUACCUCAGCUCCAACGGCAGCAGACGCAACAGAGACCAAAUCCACAUGACCAUCGACCCUCUGCUAUAGAGAGUCGUACUGAGGAGGAGUAUUAUAUGUCAGCUCUGUUGUUUCAGUCUUGAAUUUUAUUUCCACUGCGGUUUCUAAUGUUUACAGAACAAGGGUAUGAUAUGCGAGGAUGAACCGAUGUUAAACGCGCCUUGAAUGUGGACAUUUAUUUAUGAACUGUGUCAAGUAUCAGGGGUCGAGCAGUGAAAUGUUGUUGUCGUCUUACGUAACUUUUGUAUUGUGAAGGAUUUUUGAUUUAAAAAAAACCUGAUGAAGCUAACUGGAUUUGUAGGACUGUGAACAGGAUCCAAACUUAAACUGCUAUUUAUCAUUCUGAAUCCACCCUGUUACAACUCCAGACACUCCUUCUUUGCCCUGCUAUUUUAUAUUGUCAACAUUCAGUGCCAGUGUUUAUUUAUUUAUUACAAGACCUUUUCUUUGAGAAUGUAAAGAUCAAAAAACUUUGUGUGGUGAGAUCUGUAUUUGUGCACCUAGGAAGGUACAAUAUUAGUAGUCUACAUCCCACAUUCAUACUCAUGAUCAUCACAGGCUCUAUAUAUAGAUUUUCUUUAUCUUUUAUUUGAUUAUUAGAGGAGGUAUUUUUCAUAUCAAUAUCCAAAGUAGGAGACAGAUAAGGAGAAUACAUAUCUUUGUAAAACAGAAAUGUUCUCGAGCUGCUGCUUCAGUCUUUGCAGGUGUCCCUGCCGCUGCUCUAAUAACUCCUCCACAAAACGACGCAGGCGGAGGGAGGCGGCGGUCCACACACAGACACGCCUGCUUAUUGAAAAUUGCCAAAAACUAAACUAGAAGGGGAAAAAUGCAAGAAAAAAAGAAAUGCUUUUCCUGUCCCAUGAAUCAUCUCUCAGGGCCACAAGCGUAGACAAAAUAAUCUCGUGACCUCUGUGGCUGUGAUCCAGAGGAUGGCGUUCUUGUGGCUCCAACACAAACGGCACGAUUUGAUUCAGUCACGCAGACUCAGAAAUAAGUCGAAGUUUAGAGAAACACACCUGCAGUGGUGCUCCAUAUCAUUCCCGUGUUUCUUCAGACAAAAGCUCAGGAAGUGCUGAUUCACCAGAGCGUUUUCAGAUGCUUUGUUUUGAGCCAACUGAUGACAUACUGUAAAAGUAAAAACGCCAUUUAAAUGAUUAUGAUUAUAUUAAUUAUUCCUCAUCAUCCAGGCUUCUGGUACACAUGUAUUUUGUGGCUUACAUAACACAAAGAAUCUGUGCUUUGAUUCAGUUAGCUGUACAUGAAUGUCACUUGCCUUAGGACUCCAGCUGACACCCCCCCCCCCCCGAUAGUCUCAGCUGGGAUCCUGAGGCUGUUCGUACAGUCAGUCCUCCUGAAGCUGCUGAAGUCACUGACUGAGCUGAGGCAAACUGUUCCCUUUGAGAAAACAGCGCAUUUUUAAAAACAUACAACACUGAAGACUCAUUUAAUCACAAUGCUAAUACUGUAACACUCUUUUCCCCCUCUGUGCUAGCAAAGACAUACGACUACGUCCAGAGUCCAAAUCUUUUGCUCUCCGCGGUGCUCAUACUUUAACAUGACAGUCUGAGGGAACACAGCUGCAGCACUGCCUUUCCACUGAGUCAGAUCUUCAAGCACCUGAUGCUUGGUGUGUUCUCUGCUGCCAUGUGGUGGUCAGCCUUGUUGUGAAGGUUCCUGUUGAGCUUCUGAGACUGAAGACAGAGAGCUGAUGAAUCACAAAAAAAAAAGCUCUGGUGAAAUUAAUCAGAGCAAAGCAAGAGUAUUUUUUAUUUUAUUUUGGAGUGUUGUAAUUUAUGUGAAGAAAAUGAAAAUGAAGGUGUUUUUGUUGAGAGCCAUCACUACACAAACGAAAACACAUUGCACUGACAUUUAAGGUUAUUUCCUGUCUUGGUGUGUGCUUCACUGGCGACGGAGAACCAUGUUGUGUUGGUGUUUAACAAGCGUUCCUACGUCGAGCGCUUCAUUCUCUCCCCUCGUGCUGUUGUGUCCAGUGUCCCACCUCUGAUCUAACUUCAAGGGCUACAAUACAGGAGUGUGCCGACGGUUUAGUACAUUCCAAUGGAGACAUCUACACUGUAACUGCACUGUAACGUUGUGUUAUUGUCUUUGUUGACUGAUGUGUAAAAAUAAGUACUGUAGGUGUCCGACUUUCUACAAGCUAUUGAUUGAUGUCAAACUAUUGCCUUCUUUUGCGAUUUUUAAAAAGGUUAAGACGGACAAUAACGAGUUGAUCUAUUUCAACAUUCCUGCCUUUCAUUCCGAAGUACCUAUCUGUCAGUGUGCUAUAGUGUCGCUACUAAUCAGGAAAAACAUCCACUGCGGUCGAGCUGAUGUGCAACCUUUCCAGAGGCCAUUCUUUCUUUCAUUCAACAGAACUACAACUGCAAACUGAUACUGCUAUUUAACAUGAUGCAAUCUGUAUGUAUGGUGAAUUAUUUUGUUAAUAAAGGUAAUGUUUAUAUUGUUA